GAUCUGGGGUCUGUGCGGCGCGUUUCUGGAUGAAACUCAGUGGCGCAGCAGCAGGAUAUUUACCACACUCUACCACACUCGCUCACUGUAUUUCACCUGUCUUUACCUGCUGGGCUAAACGCUGCAAUGAAUCUGUGCGCUGUUCUGCUGUUUCUCAUCGCCAGGGUCUGUGCGGAAAGUCUGGAGGGGCCAACAGCUGGCUGUACGUUUGAGGAAGACUCUGACCCCACACUCUGUGAAUACAGACAGGCACAGGAAGAUGACUUUGACUGGCAACUUGUACGAACCUACAGCUGGCCUCACAUGACUUCUGACCUUAUACGAGGCUCGUAUAUGCUGGUAAAUGCUUCUCAGUAUGGUGCAGGACAACGGGCUCAGCUCAUGUUACGUCCGCUGAGUGAGAACGACACUCACUGCGUGCAGUUCAGUUACUUUCUGUACAGCCGUGAUGGACACAGUCCCGGGGGUCUGAACGUGUAUGUGCGUGUAAACGGUGGCUCACGGGGAAAUGCCGUGUGGAAUGUGUCUGGAUCUCAGGGGCGGCAGUGGCAUCAGGUGGAGAUGGCCGUCAGCACCUUCUGGCCUAGCGAGUACCAGAUUGUUUUUGAAGCCACAAUCUCCUCUGAGCAGAAGGGUUACAUCGGCCUGGAUGACAUAGUGCUGUUAAACUACCCCUGCUAUAAAGUGCCUCAUUUCUCCCGCCUUGGGGAUGUGGAGGUGAAUGCAGGACAAAAUGCCACUUUUCAGUGUGUGGCAACCGGACGCUCUGUUAAGACUGAUCCCUUCCUCAUGGAGAGGCGUAAUGGUGUUCUGAUGGCCCCAUACUCUGUGACGUCAUCCAUUGGUGAGCGGCGAUUAGUUGCUUGGUUCCAGGUGGGAGGAGCUCAGCGUGGAGAGCAGGACCUCUAUAGGUGCAUCACCCAGUCAACAUUUGGAGCUGCAGUGUCGAACUUUGCUGAACUUAUUGUUAGAGUCCCGCCCACACCGAUUGCUCCACCCCAGCUGCUGCGCUCUGGCCCCACCUACCUGAUCAUCCAGCUGAACACUAACUCUAUAGUGGGCGACGGGCCGGUGAUUCGUAGAGAGAUUGUGUACAGGGCCAGUCAUUCACCCUGGUCUGAAACACAUGGAGUCAACUCACUGACUUAUAAAGUUUGGCACCUGGAGCCAGAUACAGAGUAUCGCAUCAGUGUUCUUCUUACUCGGCCUGGAGAGGGUGGAACCGGCCCGCCUGGACCCCCACUGGUCAGCAGAACCAAAUGUGCAGAGCCCAUGCGUCCCCUCAGAGGUCUGACGGCUACGGAGAUUCAGUCGCGUCAGCUGCUUCUUCAAUGGGAGCCGGUUGGUUAUAACCUGACGCGCUGUCAUACAUACUCCCUGUCGUUGUGCUACCGCUACUCCACUGCCACUGGAGGAGGAGCCGGUGGGAAUAACGCCACAGUAAGGGAGUGUCUGUCAGUGGAGAGGAACACCUCCCGCUUCACACUUCGAGAUCUGCCUCCAUUUCACACUGUUCACGUGAGACUGGCACUGGCCAAUCCAGAGGGCAAGAAGGAGAGCCGAGAGGUGACCUUUCAGACAGAGGAAGACAUCCCAGGAGGCAUUGCACCGGAAUCUUUAACCUUCACCCCACUGGAUGAUAUGAUCUUUCUGAAGUGGGAGGAGCCUCUGGAGCCCAAUGGUCUGAUCACACAGUAUGAGAUCAGCUACCAGAGCAUUGAAUCAUCAGAUCCCAGUAUCAACGUUCCUGGCCCACGGCGCACUGUUUCCAAACUUAAGAACGAAACAUAUCACAUGUUCUCCGGGCUUCAUCCUGGCACUACAUACCUGGUGUCUGUUCGUGCCCGUACCGCUAAAGGCUUUGGCCAGACCGCCUUAACCGAAAUUACCACCAACAUCUCAGCCCCUGCAUUUGAUUAUGAAGAUGUUCCUUCUCCACUGAGUGAAUCUGAAAGCACCAUAACGGUCCUCUUGCGACCAGCCUUGGGGAGAGGAGCACCUGUUAGCACCUAUCAUGUGGUUGUGGUGGAGGAGGAUGGGUCCAGACAGGUGAGGCGGAGGGAAUUGGGUCACAUGGAGUGUUUCCCUGCUCCUUCGUCCCAUGGGGAGACUUCAGGAGGGGCAGGUGGUACACCACCUCACUACUACACCGCUGAACUCUCGCCUAGCAGCUUGCCCGAGGCUACACCGUUCACUGUGGGGGACAAUCACACCUACAGCGGCUACUGGAACACACCUCUAGAUCCUAGCAAGAACUAUCUCAUCUACUUCCAGGCUUCCAGUAACUUCAGAGGGGAGACAAGGAUCAACUGCAUUCGAAUCGCUCGUAAAGUGGCCUGUAAGGACCAUAAGCGUGCUUUGGAGGUGUCCCAGCAUGCCGAGGACAUGGGGCUGAUCCUGGGGGCCUGUGCCGGGGGCCUAGUUGUUCUCAUUCUGCUGCUUGGAGCAAUUGUGGUUAUUGUUAAGAAAGGAAGGGACAUCUAUUCCUACCCCUACUACCCCAGGAAGAAGGUCAACAUAAACAAAGCGGUGAUGACAUAUCGUCAGGAAAAGACGUGUAAGCUGGGGUCAUUGGACUGCAGUACGACAGAGCACAGUACACUUCAACAGGAUGAUCGCACUGCACACACCUUCCUGGACUCUCAUAACUGCACUGCUAGGAACGAGCAGCGCAGCACUGUCAAUGAGUCCAGCAGCCUGCUGGGUGGUUCUCCCAGAAGGCACUGCAGGAGAAAAAGUUCCCCGUACCACACAGGGCAGCUCCACCCGGCUGUGAGAGUGGCAGAUCUGCUCCAGCACAUCAACCAGAUGAAGACAGGCGAGGGGUACGGCUUCAAACAGGAGUAUGAGAGUUUUUUUGAUGGCUGGGACAUAAAUGACAAGAAGGACAAGACCAAGGGACGACAUGACACCCUUUUAGGACAAGACCGCCAUCGUGUCAAAAUGCAUUCCCUCUUGGCUGAUCCUAACUCAGACUAUGUCAAUGCAAACUACAUUGAUAUUCGGAUAAACAGGGAAGGGUAUCAGCGCUCCAACCAUUUUAUCGCAACACAAGGGCCCAAGCAGGACAUGAUCUAUGACUUCUGGCGCAUGGUUUGGCAGGAGAACUGCUACAGCAUCGUGAUGAUCACCAAACUGGUGGAGGUGGGGAGAAUGAAGUGCUGUAAAUAUUGGCCUGAUGACAGUGAGCUUUAUGGAGAUAUUAAAAUCACUUUACUGAAAACAGAAACGCUGGCAGAAUACACCGUACGCACUUUUGCCAUGGAGCGGCGGGGUUAUCCAGCCAAACAUGAAGUCUGCCAGUUUCACUUUACAUCCUGGCCAGAACAUGGUGUGCCCUAUCAUGCCACAGGACUACUAGCCUUCCUCCGGCGGGUCAAAGCCUCCACACCUCCUGAUGCUGGGCCAGUUGUUGUCCACUGCAGUAUGGGUGCCGGUCGCACAGGCUGUUACAUAGUAUUGGAUGUGAUGCUGGAUAUGGCUGAGUGUGAAGGUGUUGUGGACAUCUAUAAUUGUGUUAAGACGCUUUGCUCACGACGUAUCAACAUGAUCCAGACUGAGGAGCAGUAUAUAUUCAUCCAUGAUGCCAUACUGGAGGCCUGUCUGUGCGGAGAGACUGCCAUCCCCAUCACUGAGUUUGGGCUCUCAUAUAAGGACAUGUUGAGUGUGGAUUCUCAGACCAACACCUCUCAACUUCGAGAAGAAUUUCAGACUCUAAACUCUGUCACUCCGCACCUGGAUGUGGAGGAGUGCAGUGUCUCUCUGCUGCCCCGGAACCGGGAAAAGAACCGGAGUAUGGACGUGCUGCCUCCUGACCGUGCACUUGCGUUUCUUGUCUCCAAUGAGGGCGACGGCAACAACUACAUAAACGCAGCAUUGAUGGACAGCUUCCUUCAGCCUGCUGCAUUUGUGGUGACCCCACACCCCCUGCCCACCACCACCACAGACUUCUGGAGACUCGUGUUUGACUACGGCUGUACCUCUAUCGUCAUGCUCAACCAACUAAACCAGUCCAACUCAGCAUGGCCUUGUCUACAGUAUUGGCCUGAAACGGGAAUGCAGCAGUAUGGACCCAUGACUGUGGAGCUGCUCUCCAGAUCUACCGAUGAGAAUGUCGUCACUCGUCUAUUCAGGGUGAAUAACAUCACACGGGACCCUAGAGAGAACCUCCCAUGUUGGAACGCAGAUUCUCGCAUCCCCAAAAAGUUGCAGGAAGGUCAUCUGGUAGUGCGACAUUUCCAGUUCCUGCGCUGGUCAGCUUACCGUGAAAUUCCAGACUCAAAAAAAGCCUUUCUUAACCUGCUGGCACAAGUGCAGAAGUGGCAGAGGGAGUGUGGCGAUGGUCGCACUAUUGUGCACUGCCUGAAUGGUGGGGGACGUAGUGGCACUUUCUGUGCUUGCACCAUGAUAAUGGAGAUGGUGCAUCAUCACAACAUGGUGGAUGUGUUCUACGCUGUCAAGACUCUCCGCAACUCCAAGCCCAACAUGGUGGAGUCUAUGGAGCAGUACAGGUUCUGCUAUGAGCUGGCUCUGGAGUACCUGGACUGCCUGGAGGUCAGAUAACACAAGAGCUCAACACUUGAUCAACACUGGCUUCGACUUCUACUUGCCUCUUCUUCUUUUUUUUUUUUUUCUUUUCUUUUCCUUUUGCUUGGGUCAGUACAGCCCAUAUGAAUGAGCCUUUAUGUCCUCCAGUGAGAAGGCACAUCUACUAUAAGAGUGGGAAUGCAAAACUUGGCACAUUUCUUAAACCUUUAACCUCUAUUGUCUUCUGUGCUAUUUUUGUUUUUGACAUUUUCUGUGCCAGAUAUUCCUGCCAAACCCUUGAGGACACUGAUGAGAUUUCAACAGCUUUGAGAUUAUGACAUAUAUCUUUGAUAACAUGACUAGCUCUGAGCUCUGCCUCUCUCUGCCUUAUACACCAAGCAGGAGGAAAACACACUGAAUUUUAACGAAACCAUGGGGCUGCAACAGUGGCAACAUGAGUGAUAUUGUGUUUGUACAUUAAGUGUAUUGUUUAACUCUCUAUGGAGCGAUCUACUGUGGUGAUUUUAGUAGAAAGCUUACCAUGAAUUUGAAGAGACAGUGGCUCAUGUAAGUUUACGUUUUACUGAAUUUACUUAAAAGGUGAUGUGUGUAAUUUUUUGAUGUUAAUAAUUUGCUGGGAUUGGUUGAAGUGUUGAGACAAUGAAUUGAUUCUUGUCAAAAUUGAAACACCUUUGCACUAAUUAAACAUUAUUUGAAUUGUUGAUCAACCAAUGGCAUGCGUUUGGGGUGUCAAUAUUUGUUUGUCUGACAAAUUACAGAUCGAGAAUUUUUUUUUUUCUUUUGCAAAAGUGUAAUAUUUGUGGCAAAAAAAGUACACACUUCACCUUUAAGUCAAAGUGACAUUUAAAAAUUGAAAGUGUCCGAAUUUGGACAGGCAAGUCGGAACUAUAGGUAUGGAGAUGGUUUCUGGGGUUAAUUCUUGUUUUUUUGUGUGUGUAUAUAGGGUAUAUUUUGCAAAAAAAAAAAAGAAGAGAGAGAAAUGUUUCUCGAUGUUGUCUUUAAUGUGCCAACUCAUUUUGUAUGUGUGUGUGCGUGUGUGUGUGUGUGAGAGAGAGAGAACGCAUGUGUGUAUGCGUGUGCAAAGAUCACUCAUGGAUCUGCAUGCCUGUUUCAUGUUUUAAUGCAAUCCAUUGUGACCCGUCUGCUUUGGGUGUCGCUGCCCACUGUCAUUGAGCACAGUAAAAGAAAAAGAUUUGCGCAAUUAUAUAAACAAAAAUGCUACUAUUGGAAUACAGUGAGGCUCCUCACAAAAACGUUGCUUUUUAUCUUUGUAUUUAUUGGUUGUGUUUUAUUUUCUAAAAAAAAAAAGUGAACGAAUAAAACAUUCCGAUGUUACUUUUAAA